CUAUCUCAACAUGCACUUCUACACCACACCAAAACACCAUAUAUGACCCAAAAAAAUAGCUUCAUGAGCCACACGUACUUAACAUGCAAAUAGAUCUACAAACUCUACAAAUAACCCAUGAUCACCACUUCUCCAAACACAAAUCCUAAAACAAAAACCAUCAAAAUAAACAAUCCAUCCAGAGAAAACAAUAAAAGGCAUCAAUGGCAGCCAAAAAUCUCCAGCUCCUCCUAGCAGCCAUAGCUACUUACCUCCUCAUCUCCACCUUCAAACCCGCCGGCGCUACAUCGAACAAAGGGCAGCUAAGCUCACAGUGCGAGCGACAGCUCCAAUGGGAGAAAAUAGAUCACUGCAAGAACUACCUAAGGAGUGAAAUGAACAUGCUGAUGUUCCCAAAUUCAGGGAACCAAGCAUGUUGUUUAAGGGAAUGUUGUGAGAUGCUUCAAGAAAUGGAUGAGAAUUGCGUGUGCGAGGCGGUCAAAAGCAUGGCCGAGGAGGAGACGGAAAUCAUGAUGAAAAGGGGAGAAGGAAGGCAAAUGGGGAGGGUUGUACUUAAGAAGGCCAUGCAUUUGCCUCAGAGAUGUGGUAUUAGUGCACAAUGUGAAGCUUUUUCCAGGAAUUAUUACUAAUUUAGUAUAAAUGUAUUAUUAAUUAGUUAAUAAAGGUACAUGAUCGUGUGCAUUUCUGUAAGAUUUGGUUUUUAGUAGCUAGCAUAGUUUAGAAAUAAAAACAAAGGCCCAAUCGUAUCGUUCGAUCGCAUUGUAAAAACUUUCAAAAUAAAUAAAUUGAUAUUUCUCUACCUUGCAAAAAAUGUAAAGAAAUCGUGUUUUAAGACUGUUUUGAUAGAUUUCGUGCGCUUUUGAGAUUAAAGCAAAGGUAAUAAUUUUUGUUCAUUCUUAUUUAUGGUACAAUUUUUAAUAUCAAUUGUUUUGGUAAUAAUUUUUGUUGAUUAUGGUACAAUUUUUAAUAUCAAUUGUUAGUUGUUCAACGAUCCAACCCACGGAGCAAAGUGUAACAACCCGACUUAACACAACCAAGUUUAAUAUACGUUUAUCAUAAACCUAAUACAAAACUACGAAUUCCCACGUGCUCAGCUUAAUAUAACAUCCUUGGAACUCUAAUCAACUCCGCUAACCCAUCG